AUGAAGGCACUCCUGAGCACAUACCUCCUCUUGGCCUUGCUUUCACCAGUGACACCUUUGAAGUGUAGAACAUGCUUUGGCUGUGAAGAAAAAUGUCAAGAUGAGGAUGUGAGGAUUGAGGAGUGCGAAUACGACCAAGAUGCUUGCCUCACCAUCACUACUGAUUACUCAUUAAUGGAUUUGCCACUUCGUUUCACUUAUAAGGGAUGUGCCAAGUACAACGAAUGUUACAAAGGCUAUUAUAGUUUGACUUCCGCAAAUACUAAAUCCUUCCAGGCGAAAAUUGAAUGCUGCCACACUGAUGAGUGUAACGCACAAGAUCUCCAUUUGCCAGAUCAUAACAGUCAACCACUUAAUGGGGUUCAAUGCCCAGUCUGCUUUGCAGAAGAUGCAGAUUAUUGCGACAGCCAGGGGAAAACCAUCCAAUGCCGCGGCAUUGAGAAUGAAUGUGUUGAUUAUACCCUUGACUUCAGUCCACUUGGAUUACAUCCCAUUACCUUUACAGCAAAAGGAUGUGCUAGCAGCGAUGUAUGUUCCUUCCCCACUGGAAAUACAACAGUAGCUAAUGGUUUGGUGAAAUUAAUGAUCUACCAACUGCAAUGCCAAGGUGUCAAGGAAUCAUCCAAGCAUCCCAAAGAUGAGAUAUAGAUGGAAAAGAGCA